UAACACAUGAUGGAACAGAAAAACGGAAGUUUCUUCACUGGAUUCAUCCUCCUAGGGUUCUCAGACAGGCCCCAACUGGAAAUAGUCCUCUUUGUGCUACUGAUAAUGAUCUAUAUCUUCACUUUGCUGGGCAACACCACCAUCAUUGCUCUGUCCUACCUGGAUCCCAAUCUCCACACCCCAAUGUACUUUUUCCUCUCCAAUCUAAGCUUCCUGGAUUUGUGUUAUACCACCAGCACCAUCCCACAGUUCCUGGUAAAUCUCAGUGGAGCUGACAAGUCCAUCUCCUUUGCUGGCUGUGUGGCUCAGUUGUUUGUGUCGCUAGGGCUGGGAUGCACUGAGUGUCUCCUUCUUGGAGUCAUGGCAUUUGACCGCUAUGCUGCUGUGUGCAGGCCUCUCCACUACACUGUCAUCAUGCACCCCUGUCUCUGCUCCAUGAUGGCUUCUUUCUCCUGGAUCUUUGGUCUUUUCAUCUCCUUAGUGGAGACUGUGCUCAUCUUCCUUUUACCACUUUGUGGCAGAAAUGAAUUAGACCAUUUUUGUUGUGAGAUUCCUGCAUUGCUCAAGCUCGCCUGUGUUGACAUCAGUAGUUUUGAGGCGCAGCUGUUCUUUGCCAGCGUCGUUAUUCUUCUUGGACCCAUUUCAUUAAUCCUGUACUCCUAUGGUCGCAUCGUGAGGGCCAUUUUGAGAAUCAAGUCAGCAGCCGGGCAGAGAAAAGCCUUUGGGACAUGUGGCUCCCACCUCAUCGUGGUGUCUCUGUUUUAUGGUACAGCCAUGUAUGCUUAUCUCCAGCCCAGCAACAACUACUCUCAGGACCAGGGCAAGUACACGGCUCUCCUUUAUGGGAUUGUUACUCCCACGAUGAACCCCCUGAUCUAUACCUUGCGGAACAAGGAUGUGAAGGGAGCAGUGCGGAAAGUACUUUGGAAGGAUCGUGAGUCCAGAUGA